CUUGUAGAGAUAUGCGCCCUGUGUCUAUGAACGGCAAUUUCUUUUGAUAUAGUAGUGCAAUUUUUGUCGAUGUGUUCAAUUACAGAUAAGUUAUUGUCAUGAACAACAGACAGACAUCUGUUUUCUUUCUUUUCUUUUAUUUACUUGGAUCAUGUGAAUCUUUUUUAGUGACAUUAAAUUACCCACCUGCAAUUCAAAUACAGCCAGAUCUUGAUGUUUAUUACAAAGAUGGCGAAUCUCUGACACUGCCCUGUAUGGCUACUGGAUUCCCAGCUCCGACUUUUAAAUGGAAGAGGAACGGCCUGGAACUGGAUUAUUCCGAUGGCAGAUUUGUCAUGGUUCCUGGAGAGGGCAGCCUUAUCAUAAGCUACACAGAAGAGAGAGACGAAGGAGUAUUCCAAUGCUUAGCUGAAAAUGAAUUUGGAACAUCAGCUUCCAUCAAUGUGAAUCUGAGGAUGGGGAGGUUGAAUGAUUUUGCCGCGGCGUCACCGAUAGCCUUCAGUCCCCACCUUGGCGAGUCCCUCACGCUGAACUGUGUACCACCUCUCAGUGUUCCCAGGGCGGAGGUGGAAUGGAUCCUGACCUCCAGUGAUGGAAGUGUAGAACCUGUUACUUAUGACAACAGGGUCACAAAGGAUUACGAAGGUCGGUUACACAUCACUAACGUACAACAAGAAGACUACCAGAAUGGUAAAGCCUACAGAUGCAUGGUUACCAAUUUCUUCCUGAGAAAAAAUACAUACGGCAAAGCCAUUCACAUUAUCCCCACAGGAAAUUUACCUUUGCUGAGACCCGCCCAGUAUCUAUGGACUUCGCCUUCUGAUGUUUUAGGUCUUAGAGGAGAGACACUGCAACUCAAAUGUAUAUUCAGCGGAAACCCCACCCCGGAAGUGAUUUGGUCAAAGAACUAUGACGUCCUUCCACAUGACUAUAACGUGUCUCUCGGGGGACAGGAACUGACCAUGACUAAUGUAACUGAGAGGGACGCUGGGUCUUACCAAUGCUAUGGCUCCAACACAAACGGGUCUCUCGCAUACAGGGAUAUUGUUGUCCGGGUGGAAUCUAAGCCAUACUGGGACAUUGAACCACAGGAUAAAAAUACAAACACUGGGGCAACUGUGACCUUCAUGUGUAAGGCCAAAGGUUAUCCUGAGCCAGUCAUUCAAUGGUUCGUCAAUGGAGUCAAACUUGAGGAAUCGCAAAAGCCAAUUUUACACAGCCACCGGUUUUUGAAUCCUGAUGCCAACAACGUGACAUUUGUCAAUGUUAACAACCAUGAUAAAAUGGUCUUGCAGUGCAAUGCCUCUAACAUUCACGGUUAUGUGUUCGCGGAUUUUUAUCUUAACAUUCUUGCUGAUUAA